AUGGCGCCACGCUCCCGGAUCACGAUUCCUGCGCUCGGGGCAGCUGCUUUUGGCGGGCUUGCUCUGAGCUCUCAGGAGUCCUUUGUGACUGCCCCACGAGCGCAUGCUCGGCAGACUUAUGGUCCGACCUCGAGCACAGCACAGAGACCAGCCUCGGGGCUGUCAGCGGGGCUCUGCGGGGCUCUUCUCCCGGGUGCGUGUGCUGGUGCCCUGGCCGCUGCGGUUGGCCGCUCACGUCGGGGUCAUGCAGUGCCCAGCUUGCCAAAUACAGCCCGAGCCCGCGGAGUGGCAAGACCAGCGCUGGAUCAGUCGAGCCGAUAUGCAGACCUGUCUUUGAACGAAGAGGACCUGAUCAGAAACGGCAAGCAUGUCCUCGUGGCGUACAUCAUGAAGCCGAAGGCUGGUUACGACUACCUGGCCACCGCCGCCCACUUUGCAGCUGAGUCCUCCACAGGCACCAAUGUGAAUGUGUGCACCACGGACGACUUCACAAAGUCUGUGGAUGCCUUAGUGUAUUACAUCGACCCUGACAGCGAAGAGAUGAAGAUCGCUUACCCCAACCUGUUGUUUGACCGCAACAUCACCGACGGCCGUGCCAUGAUGUGCUCCUUCCUGACCCUGUCCAUCGGCAACAACCAGGGUAUGGGUGACGUCGAGUACGGCAAGAUCUACGACUUUUACCUGCCCCCUGAGUUCCUCCGCCUGUACGACGGCCCAUCCGUGAACGUGGAGGACAUGUGGCGCAUCCUGGGCAAGGGCACCAGCAACGGUGGCCUCGUGGUGGGCACCAUCAUCAAGCCCAAGCUCGGCCUGCAGCCCAAACCAUUCGGCGAGGCCUGCUACGCGUUCUGGCAGGGCGGCGACUUCAUCAAGAACGAUGAGCCCCAGGGCAACCAGGUGUUCUGCCAGAUGAACGAGGUCAUCCCAGAGGUUGUGAAGGCGAUGAGGGCGUGCAUCAAGGAGACCGGCGUGGGCAAGCUGUUCUCUGCCAACAUCACCGCAGAUGAUCCCAACGAGAUGAUUGCCCGCGGCAAGUACUGUCUGUCCCAAUUUGGUCCUCUGUCCGAGAACUGCGCGUUCUUGGUGGAUGGCUACGUGGCCGGAGGCACGGCCGUGACCUGCGCCCGCCGCAACUUCCCAGGACAGUUCCUGCACUACCACCGUGCCGGACAUGGAUCCGUGACCAGCCCCCAGACCCAGCGUGGUUACACCGCCUUCGUGCACACCAAGAUCUCCCGAGUCAUCGGUGCGUCCGGCAUCCACACCGGAACCAUGAGCUUCGGCAAGAUGGAGGGCGAUGCCUCAGACAAGAACAUCGCCUUCAUGCUGCAAGACGACGCGGCCGAUGGCCCCUACUACCACCAGCCUUGGGAGGGCAUGAAGCAAACUACUCCCAUCAUUUCGGGUGGCAUGAACGCUCUUCGACUCCCCGCCUUCUUCGAGAACCUUGGCCACUCCAAUGUAAUCCUGACUGCAGGAGGUGGAUCCUUUGGCCACAAGGAUGGCCCAAAGCCUGGCGCCGUCUCCUGCCGGCAAGGGGAGGAGGCUUGGAAGUUUUGGAAGGCUGGGAGGUACGGAAACAUCAGUUUGAGUGAUGGAGUCAUUGAGUAUGCCAAGACUCACGAAGAGAUCAAGGGUGCAUUCCUGACCUUUCAGAAGGAUGCAGAUCAGAUCUACCCAGGUUGGAAGGAGAAGCUGGGCUACACCGGCGAGUCCUCUGUGCAGGCAGCCUCCUUUGAUUGGGCCAAGAAAGCCUAA